CCGCCCCCCGCCGUGGGAACUCAACCAGGCUCAGCUGACGCCUCACUUCACGUGACGCGCGUGCCUGACGAACAUGGCGUCUACCACAGGACCUUCAUUUUGGCUGGGGAACAAAACCCUGAAGGUGCCACUAGCACUCUUCGCCCUAAACCGGCGGCGCCUGUGUGAGCGGCUGCGGAAGAACCCUGCUGUGCAGGCCAGCUCUGUCGUGGUGCUUCAGGGUGGAGAGGAGAGCCAGCGGUACUGCACCGACACUGGGGUCCUUUUCCGCCAGGAGUCCUUCUUUCACUGGGCAUUUGGUGUUACCGAGCCGGGCUGCUAUGGCAUCAUCGACAUCGACAGUGGGAAGUCCACCCUGUUUAUGCCCAGGCUUCCUGCCCACUAUGCCACCUGGAUGGGAAAGAUCCACUCCAAGGAACACUUCAAGGAGAAGUAUGCUGUGGACAACGUCCAUUACGCAGACGAGAUCGCCAGUGUCCUGACGUCCCUGAACCCCUCUGUCCUCCUCACUCUGCGUGGUGUCAACACAGACAGUGGCAGUAUCUGCAGAGAGGCCUCCUUCGAGGGCAUCAGCAAGUUCAAUGUCAACAAUACCAUUCUUCAUCCAGAGAUUGUUGAGUGCCGAGUGUUUAAGACGGACAUGGAGCUGGAGGUUUUGCGCUACACAAAUAGAAUCUCCAGUGAGGCCCACCGGGAGGUAAUGAAGGCGGUAAAAGUGGGAAUGAAAGAAUAUGAGAUGGAAAGCCUCUUCGAGCACUACUGCUACUCACAGGGCGGCAUGCGCCAUAGCUCCUACACCUGCAUCUGUGGCAGUGGUGAGAACUCGGCUGUGCUGCACUACGGACAUGCUGGGGCACCCAACGACCGUACCAUCCAGGACGGAGACAUGUGCCUAUUCGACAUGGGCGGGGAGUAUUACUGCUUCUCCUCCGACAUCACCUGCUCCUUUCCUGCCAACGGCAAGUUCACCACGGACCAGAAGGCCAUCUACGAGGCCGUGCUGCGGAGCUGCCGUGCCGUCAUGAGCGCCAUGAAGCCAGGUGUCUGGUGGCCUGACAUGCAUCGCCUGGCUGAUCGCAUCCACCUGGAGGAGCUGGCCCGCAUCGGCAUCCUGCAGGGCAGCGUAGACGCCAUGGUCCAGGCCCACCUGGGAGCCGUGUUCAUGCCUCACGGACUCGGCCACUUCCUGGGCAUCGACGUGCACGACGUGGGAGGUUACCCUGAGGGUGUGGAACGCAUUGAUGAGCCCGGUCUGCGGAGCUUGCGCACAGCACGGCACCUGGAACCUGGCAUGGUGCUGACUGUGGAGCCAGGCAUCUACUUCAUUGACCACCUCCUGGAUGAGGCCCUGGCGGACCCAGCCCGCGCCUGCUUCUUUAACCAGGAGGUCCUGCAGCGCUUUCGCAGUUUUGGUGGGGUCCGCAUUGAGGAGGACGUCGUGGUGACCAACAGUGGCAUGGAGCUAUUGACCUGUGUGCCCCGUACCGUGGAGGAGAUUGAAGCAUGCAUGGCAGGCAGUGACAAAGCCUUUACCCCCUUCUCUGCCCCAAAGUAGAGCCAGCCAGGAUGCCCAGCAGGACUGGGGGCCUGGCCUUGCAGCCUCUCUUCACAAUUGGCAACCUCUCUUGCUCCUCCACUGCAAGCUCUGCUCAGAAAUCAGAUCCUGGAAUCAACAGCUGAUCAUACCAGAUAGUGUUGUUUCCUGGAGGGGAAAAAUUCUUUAUUAACUUUCUGCAAGAUCACACCUUUACUCUGUUAUGUAUGUCACUUAAAUGGCAGUGACUUAACUUGCUGAUUGAAAAUAAUCCUAUUUAGUAGCAACUAAAAUAUGUCAUCUAUAUACUUUUUCUCAGGAAAAGUGCCUUCCAGUGUUUUCUUUCAAAAAUCAAUAUGCAGAAUAGAAUUUGCAAUAAAAAGUUUUUAGAAAA